ACAACGUUUGUCCCGUAUCUUGGAGCUCUUCACAUAUUCAUGGUGCAGAAUGUGAUAGCGAAUAUUCCUCCUUGUUUUCUCUUAGAAUGGGGUCCCUGCAGUGCAUGCUCUGUAACAUGUGGCAUCGGAGUCAGAUAUCGCACGACCGAGUGUGAUUCGGGUAAUCCAGCAACGGAAGGAAAGCAAACUACAGUGGAAGAAAGUUGUCAAGUUAAUCCUCCUUGCCCACAAGGCACCACAAAUCAUGGGUCCCUUCUUUUGUUAGGAUACUCCAAAGCUGCUAUGCAAGACCAUGUGAUCAAGUCUGCAAUUGUAUAUAGCAUAGCAGAAUGUGGAUUGAUGUGUUUACAAGACUCAAGCUGCAAGUCCUUCAAAACCUGUUCUAGGAAAAGUGUGUUUCUCUGUGAGCUAAAUAUUGCUACAUAAUAAUAAUGAAUAUGAGGAAGAUGUUAUUUCGAGUAUCAAUUGUUCAUAUCAUAAUGCUUUCGA